AUGACUAUCCAGAUUCCCUUCUUCCCUUUUGUUGCAGCUGUCACUGCUGCAGCCCUGUUGAUCGGAAAGUACUCCGAGUCCUUCAGCAGCGCAAGUGCACUUGCCGUACUUGUCCCUGCGGCGACCGUUUUGUACACGCUCUACUACAGCUGGAUUUACCCCUUCUACAUCUCCCCGUUGAGACAUAUCCCUACCGUCCCUGGAUUUCCACUCUGGGGUCAAUUUUUCACCAUCAUUACUACCGAGUGCGGUGUUGCAGCCCGUGACUGGCACGAACAGUAUGGACCCAUUGUGCGGUAUUUCUUUCCUUUCGGCAGCGAACGCCUUUCGGUGGCAGAGGACGAUGCUAUCAAGCAGAUGACCGUCAGAAAUCCAUACAACUACCCAAAACCUGAACGCGCAAGGUUGUGGAUGAUGCCCAUUCUCGGCGAAGCAGGCGUCUUGCUUGCCGAAGGACAGACACAUGUUGUGCAGCGGAAAGCACUUACGCCAGCUUUCUCGAUCACCUCCAUCAGAUCACUGAUGCCGGUUUUCUGGGCGAAGUCAUUGCACAUGGCAAAGCUCUGGGAAACCGAAAUGAAGACGGAAAAGGUCGACAGCAAGUGUUUCGAGGUAUUGGAAUGGCUGAACAGAACAACCUUGGAUAUCAUUGGGAAAGCCGGCCUGGGAACCGACAUUGACUCCCUUGAUGAUCCUGGGACGCCCUUGCGGGAUGCUUACCGACGCUGUUUCGAUUUCGACCUGCAAGCUCGAAUCAUCAACGGUCUCGCAGCUUUCACGCCGCUCAUUCGUCUCCUGCCGGCUCGCGCCAAUCGGGACAUCUUGAUUGCUCGCAAUAUAAUCCUCAGCCGUGCUCAGCAGAUCAUCCAAGAGAAGCAAAAGAACCCGGAAAUCCAGGAAAAGGCUCGUCACAAGGACAUCAUCGGACUCAUCGUCAAGGACAAUAUGGUUGCCAGCAAAGAGGACACCCUGUCGCUGGAAGAAAUGCGCAAUCAAGUCAUGACUUUCCUUGGAGCAGGGCAAGUGCUAUGCGUACACGACACAACCGCAACUUCCGUGGCAUGGACACUUCUCAUGCUUGCGAAACAUCCCGACAUUCAAAGCAAACUGCGCGAGGAGAUCCGAUCCCGCAUGCCUUUCCUGUUCGAUCCCGAGGCCCGGGAAGUGGAAGAGAACAUUGAAACGGCCGACGUCGACUUGUUGCCGUACCUCGAAGACGUCUGCAAGGAGUCCCUGCGCUAUAUUCCUUCAAUUCCAAUGACGGUGCGCAAAACCAUCGCAGAUGACAUAUUGGCAGGGUACUUCAUCCCAGCAGGAACCACUGUCUAUCUGAUGGCCAAUACUAUCAAUCGUUUGCCCAUGUACUGGGGGGAGACAGCGAACAAGUUUGACCCCUCUCGAUGGCGCAAUCUUCCAGACACGUACACGACAAACGCCUUUAUGACGUUCUUGCAAGGUCCGAGAGGCUGCGUUGGCCGCAAAUUUGCCGAGGUUGAGAUGAAGACCAUCUUGUGCUCUUUGCUCAGCAAGUUCACUUUUGAACCAGAUCUCUCGGUGCAAGACCCAGAGGAGCUGAAAAUGUGGCGAUUGGUCUUGAGACCCCGAGAUGGCGUCAGCUUGAAAGUCUCUCCACUCAAGCAACAGGCGUAG